GGCCGGGAGCAGCUUCUACGGCUGGGAAUCAAGUGCACCGGUCGUUCUCGUCAGUUUUCUCGCUUCCACCCGCAGAUAUGACCGAGAACAGCUGACUAAAAGCGCAUUCCUAGAUGUCCUGUUUACUUUGGGUUAGUUCAUUUCACCUCUGAGGAUUUUAUUGUGGCCUCCAAUGGGUUUUAAAGACUCCUGAGAGAGGGGAUACCUGGACUUGGACAGAACUGUACCUACCUGUCAAUAUGUCCAGCUGGAGUGUGAUGGUCCGCAUGCACAGGGCUUAUGGAAUAUAGCCUGUUCUGUCAGCAUUUUUACGCACUCUCCGUCAGUCCCGUGAAGAAGAAACUCGGGCUCCUCUUCAUCAUGCUGCUCCUCUGGGUCUACAUGCUGUACUCCUGCGUGGGCUACUGUGCCACCAUGCCACCAAGUUUAGUUGUGGACAAUAGUAACAACCGAGCAAAGGAGACGGAUUUCCUUGGGAAAUACGCUGAGGCAGAAAGUGGCCGGCCGGACCUGAUGAUGUCCAAGCUCCUCUCCAGACCGCAGAGCUCCUGGACGGACGUAGAGUCAGAUUACGACGAGCCUACGGUCAGGAGAGCUCCCAGAGACUUCUCUAAAGAUGAGGUGGACGCGGACCGUGCUGAGGAGUGGGACGACGGACGGAGAGUUUCUCCGCUGUCAAGUUUCUCCAACGGCUCGGGCAGCAAGAAGCUGCCUCAGGCGAUCAUCAUCGGCGUGAAAAAGGGCGGGACGCGCGCGCUGCUGGAGUUUCUACGCGUGCAUCCAGAUAUUCGCGCGGUCGGAGCCGAGCCGCACUUCUUCGACCGUAACUAUGACAACGGACUGGACUGGUACAGGGACCUAAUGCCGAAAACCCUGGAGGGCCAGAUCACCAUGGAGAAAACACCAAGCUACUUUGUGACCCGCGAGGCUCCGGCCCGGAUCUACGCCAUGUCCCGCGACACCAAGCUGAUUGUGGUAGUCCGGGACCCUGUCACGCGAGCAAUCUCCGACUACACGCAAACGCUGUCCAAGAAACCUGACAUUCCUACUUUUGAGAGCCUGACGUUCAAAAACAGGACUACAGGGUUGAUCGACACCUCGUGGAGCGCCAUUCAGAUCGGCAUCUACGCCAAACACCUGGACAACUGGCUGCAGUUCUUCCCCAUGAGCCAGAUCCUGUUCGUGAGCGGAGAGCGGCUGAUCAGCGACCCAGCCGGAGAGCUGGGCCGUGUGCAGGACUUCUUGGGCCUCAAGAGGAUCAUCACAGACAAACACUUCUACUUCAACCAGACCAAGGGUUUCCCUUGUCUCAAAAAGGCCGAGGGCAGCAGCAAGCCCCAUUGCCUGGGUAAAACCAAAGGGAGGACCCAUCCAAACAUUGACCCUGAGGUCGUGCAAAGACUUAGAGACUUCUACAGGCCUUUCAACAUGAAGUUCUACCAGAUGACUGGGCAUAAUUUUGGUUGGGAUUAACUGCGAACGGAGGACUUGUUGUUUUCUUUCAUUUUCUGUGUAUUUGAAAUGGCAAAAAGACAUUGAGAUGAUUGCUAUAUAUAUGUAAAAUGUACAGAAAUCUAUUUUAUAAUAAUUUAUUUUUAAUUUCUAAGCAAUUAAUUCACUAAGCUGCCUAACCAUAUUGUACAUAACGUCCGGCCCAACUCUAGUCUCACCACCGACAUUCCACCUUUUUGAUUUGCUGUGCGUAUUUCCAUUCACAAUGAAUUUAAUGGUGCUUCCGAAUUCGAAAAAGGUUUGACAAACAAAAAACAGUUUGUUACGGGUAUUGUGCAUUUAUAAACCAACAGCGACUUGUCUAGUGACGUGUGUCUUCGUGAACUUUAUUUCACUCUCUGAUCGCAUUUAGUGUUUCACUACACUCCAUAUUGGCUCGAGUCCUACUAUGUUCAGCUGAUAAGCGAGAGAACUGAUUCGAUGUGUCCCUUUACUCAAUAA